UUCUUACAAGCAGUUAAAGAUGCUUGAAACGAGAUGCCAUCCGAUCAUUUACAUGGUUUAACUUCCAAGCUGACCGACGAACAAUCUAUGGCGGAGCAAAGAAGGGCAGUAACUGAAACCUUGCUUCUCAGAUCAUUUUUAAGCAAUGAAAAUAAUGGUGCUCUGACUGCUGCAGCUUCAGAAGUCACCACCACUCUUGUUCUCAGUGCCUUUGUGACAGCUUGCAUGGCAUUUGGUUUGGGAAAUCUUAUGGGUUAUUCUUCACCUACGCAGUCUGGAAUUAUGGAAGACAUGGAUCUUUCUCUAAAAGAGUUUUCCCUUUUUGGUUCAACACUAACAGUUGGAGCAAUGCUAGGUGCAGCAAUAGGUGGGAAGGUAACAGAUCUCCUUGGUCGUAAAGGGACUAUGUGGAUUUUGAAUGUACUCUACAUUGGUGGCUGGUUUGCCAUAGCAUUCGCUAAGGUUCCUUGGUUGCUGGACCUUGGAAGACUGUCAUUGGGAUCUGUAAGCGGGAUAACUGGUUUUUUGAUGCCACUAUACAUUGCAGAAAUAACACCCAAGGAUCUCAGGGGAAGAAUUUCCGCCAUAGUACCGUUGAUGGUCUGUUGGGGCUUGUCAUUCAUAUAUCUGGUUGGUUCCUUUGUCAAUUGGCGCACCUUGGCUCUAAUAGCAACUAUUCCUGGUCUACUGCAACUUCCACUCCUCUACUUCGUUCCAGAAUCUCCUCGAUGGCUGGCAAAAGUUGGUCGAGAAAAAGAGGUCGAAGAUGUCCUAUUGUGCCUCAGAGGAGAGAAAGUUGAUAUUUCUGAAGAAGCAACUGAAAUCAAAGAUUACACUGAAUCUCUUCGAAGUGUGUCAAAAGGUAGCACUUUAGAUGUAUUUCAGAGGACAUAUGCUCGUCCCUUGCUUAUAAUGGCUGGACUAAUGGCACUGCAGAGUUUGGGAGGGAUUGGUGCAUUUGCAUUUUAUUCUGGUGCUAUAAUUCAAUCUGCUGGUAUAUCAAGCUUGAUUGGACUCAUUACACUGGCUGCUGUUCAGACAUUACUAGGCCUUUUGGGUGUGAUGUUACUUGAUAAAGCUGGAAGACGGCCACUUCUACUGGUUUCUUUUGCUGGAUUAUGCUUUGGCAGCUUCCUCACAGGAUUGUCAUUCUUCUUAAAGGACUUUAACUGGUGGGAUGAUGGUACUCCCAUUUUGGCACUCAUUGGCUUACUGAUGUAUAUGGGAUCAAGUGUGUUAGGCGCAGGAAUACCAUGGCUUUUGAUAGCAGAGGUGUUUCCUGUAAAUGUGAAGGGUUCAGCUGGAAGCAUCUGUAAUUUGAUCAACAAUGUUUUUGCUUGGGUUAUUUCAUACUACUUCAACUUCCUAAUUCAAUGGAGCUCAGCAGGGGUGUUCUUCAUAUUUUCAGCCUUUUGUGCUGCAAAUUACAUCCUGGUCGCAAAAUUUAUACCAGAAACUAAAGGGAAAAAGCUGGAAGAAAUACAGGAAUCAGUAACUCAUUCUCUGCAAUGAGGGAAAUUUUACUAAGUAAUUGCACAUAAUGUAUUCUAAUAAUGAGUCAGGAUCCCCUGUAUGCUUCUGCAAUUCUAAUAAUGAGUUAUUAUUUACCAGCAUUGUUUAUUCAUUUCUUUUGAUUCCAUGUAUCUCAUCAAAUGUUACAUCAUUAAAAUCAUGGAUUGAAAAUGUGAAAUGGAUUAAACAAGAACAGAAAAUAAAAAUGAGUGUGCUUUACUCAUACCACAUUUUCAAG